AUGAUGAUGACUGCUGCGUCUAUCGUGAAAAAUUGGGCAACUGUAGGGGAAGAAGUACCAAAAGAAUUGGAAGACAUAAGGGAGCGAGUUUUAAGAAGAUGUGACGGUCUACCUCUGGCAGCAACGUUAAUCGGAGGUUUGUUAUCUAAAAAGAGAAAAGAGAAUUGGCAAUCUAUUUUGGAGGAGAGCCUCUUGAAUGGAGAUCAGGGUGGGAUUGAGCAAAUACUUAAGGUGAGUUUUGAUCAUCUGUCACCUGCACCGGUUAAGAAAUGUUUUGCAUAUUGCUCAAUUUUUGAUCAAGAUGCUGAGUUGGAACAAGAUCUACUAGUUGAGCUUUGGAUGGCUGAAGGCUUUCUUCAACCGGAUUCCCAAAAUCAAACGAUGGAGGGAAUGGGAUAUGAGUAUCUGAGAACUUUGCUGCAAACUUCCUUAUUGGAAGAAGUAAAAGGGAAGUGGAGAACAUGGUAUAAAAUGCAUGAUCUUGUGCAUGAUUUUGCAAAAUCAAUUUUGAAUCGUAACAGCAACAAUCAGGACCGUUACCUUGCGGUAUACUCACCCAAAAGAAUCAAUGAAAAAGUAUCAGCUUCGCUUCGGACAUUAUUUUUGAAGGGUGGCAUGGCUGAUGAUAUGUUAUCAAAGUUCAAAUACUUGCAUGUCCUAAAAUUAUUUGGAGAAGAUGUCAAAGAGUUGCCGACCUCCAUCGGCAAACUAAUACAUUUGCACUUACUUGACAUUUCAGGUUCUUGGAUUACAACGUUGCCAGAAUCUCUUUGCAAACUUUACCGUUUGCAAACACUGAGAAUUGGCAACCUUAAAGAAGGUUUUCCAAAGAAGAUGAGCAAUUUGAUUAGCAUGAGACAUCUUCACUAUUAUUAUCAUGCAGCACGCGAAAUCCAGAUGCCAUCCAGUAUUGGACGAUGGACUUGUCUUCAAACAUUAGAGUUCUUUAACAUAGGUCGUCAAGAGGAAGGUCGUGGUAUCCAAGAACUUGGGACCUUGCAAGAUCUUAAAGGCUCCUUGGAGCUCAGAAAUCUUGAAUUAGUAAAUGGCAAAGAUGAUGCUGAAUUGGCGAACCUAUCUAGAAAGCAAAAUCUGUAUCGGUUGGUAUUUGAGUGGGGCAACAGGGAUCAGGAAAGUGAUAAAUGCGAUGAAGAUGUGUUGGAAGGUCUCCAACCUCACCCAAGUUUAAAAGAGUUACAAAUUUUGAAUUUCAUGGGUGACCAUUUUCCACAAUGGUUCAUGAAUUUGACAUCACUAGUGGAGUUGCGGGUGGAGGAUUGCACAAGAUGCAGAGAACUCCCUGCACUAGGACAACUGUCAUCCCUCCAACAUCUAUAUCUGCGCAGAUUGGAAAACACAACGUGCAUUGGGCUUUCAUUCUAUGGUAUUAGUGAUGAGCAGGACGGAAGAUCAGCAGGUUCAGGCACUACUAGCAGACAAACAUUCUUUCCAUCCCUUAAAAUUCUCUCUCUUGAAAGCAUGGAAAGGUUGGAAGAGUGGAAGGACGCACAUGAAGUGAUGCAUGUGUUUCCCGUGCUGGAAAAGUUGUAUAUAAGGGAUUGCCGCCAGCUGACCACCAUUCCAACUCCAAGUCGUUUCCCAAGUCUUGAUGUAUUGGAAAUCGAAGAGAAUUGCCAUGUUUUGCUGGUAGAAGAGGUUUUGAGCAGUAUAACCAAUCUCUCGUCCCUUCAAUUAAGUAGUCAUCGUCAACCCAAAGAGUCUCUAAAUUUAGUGAAACGACCAGAGAGUAGUUUGAGGAUUGAUGGCUGUGAUAAUCUACCCACUGACAUGCUCGAGCGACUCUGUCAUUUUCCAACUCUUCAAAGUGUAGAAUUGUGGGAGUGCCCUAAUAUAACAACAUUAAGAGGAAUGAGUUGCGCCGCUUGUCUUAAGACAUUGGGGGUCAGAGGUUGUACGCAUUUACGGGAGUUGCCAGAAGAUCUUUAUCAAUUUCAAGCUUUAGAGCACUUGGAGAUGACGCGUUGCCCGGAAAUUGAAUCAUUUGGAUCAAAUCCUAAUAAAGGACAGAAAAGCCUCCUCAAGUCUCUCGAGGUAUUAAAUAUUUUUUGGUGUCAUGGAUUAAAAAGAUUGCCGGCGGAAAUGUUCGAGUCGUGUACGUCUCUCCGAAAGUUGCAUUUGUGGGAUUGUCCCAAUCUGGUCUCCUUUCCCCUUGAUUUGUGACGAACCCCUUCUCUCGAGACCUUCUCGUUAUGGUCGUGUCCCAAAUUGAUUACCGAGUUGCCUAGUGGAUUUGGCUAUCUCACCAGCUUAAGGGAAGUGGAUUUGGCUAUCUCAGAUUACUCUGUAUUGGAAUUUGAUUGGGCUGGAUUGGCAUCCUCAUCGACGCUCCAGCACGUGGUUUUAAGUGGGCUGGAUUGGCAUCCUCAUCGACGCUCCAGCACGAAAUCUCUGCCACAUCAGCUUCAAGACUUGACUAACAUCACAUCACUGCAUCUAAAACACUUCGGAGAAAUCGAAGCCUUACCAGAUUGGCUUGGGAACCUUGAAUCUCUUGAAGAACUAAUUCUGUGGGAUUGCCAAAUGCUUAAAUAUUUGCCCUCCAUGGCUGCCAUGGAACGCCUCAAAUUGAGACGUCUGGAAAUUGAUGAUUGUCCUCUAUUAACCAAAAGAUGCACUCCUCAAAGCGGCUCCGAGUGGACCAAGAUCUCUAAUAUUCGUUACCAGCCAUAUCUCUGAGCCAUCCAUUCGUUGCUGUUCUUCACCAUCUUAUUCUAUCCAUAUUUGUCCCUCACUCUUUUUCUCUAUAACUCUCUGUUUCUCUAUUUAUAAACUGGUGAAGAUUACUUUCUCUUUCAAUUUAUGAACUAAUUCUUGUCAUUAACAAAGUAGAGUUACGAGCAAAUUGAAAGACAAUAAAAAUUGUGGUUUUCAUCUACUUUUCUAACCCAUCGAAAAGAUUAAUAAGAAAAUUGUGGUAAAAUUCACUAAUAUAUAUGAACUUGGUACUGACUAUUUGUCCAGAAAAUUCACAUUUUUUUUACACCGAUGUUUUCCAAACAACAUUAAAACCAAUAAAAUAGCAAUUUUGAGAGAACAUUACAAUUUUUGUUUUUAUCGCUGGCAUUUAAUGGAUGGAUAUGUUCUUAAUCUUCACUGUUAUAUCCUCUGUAGGGACUUUACGUUAUGAUUGCCAAAAAAUUAGCUCAAUGUCGAUCAAGUUAAAAUUGUUUGCAGAGGAACUAGGGUGCUGUCAAAACUACAAAUGCAACAAGUGUCAGUGAUGCAGAAAGCAGUCAUUGUGCCGAAACAUUAUGGAAGGCUCAAAAGUGUGCUCAAGGCAGAGUCAGCCUGGAACCUUUAAAGCAUCUUGUUGCACUGUUCACAUUCUGCAACUGCAACAUGAGGCUGUGGUUUCCAAUCUUUUUUGAAGAAAGAUGAGGAGAAUUUUUUUAGGAAGCAGAAAUCAAUGCUUUUUGGACAAAGAACACCAAGGUUCCCGUGUUGUUCUUAUGAGAAAGUCAGGGGGAGAAGUUAUUUUCACUUAUCAGUCAGGUUUUGAAGAUGGAAGGUAGUUAUGAAGUUAUCUGUGAUUUUUCCCACCAGAAUGCCAUAUAUUUCUCGGACUGUGGAAAUUGUGUUGAAAACAGAGUGGCUUGUGCCAGGCUUGUAGGAAGUAGUAUGGAUGGAGAAGAAUUUAGAGGGGAGCAUAGUAACUGGUACUGGAGAGCUAUCAAGGUACAAGACUUGCUUGAAGAAAACUGGACUUACUGAUACUUUAGUUACAGAGGUGAGAAGAUUUGAUGCAAAGAAGUUAGACAUUGUAGAUAGCAUUGAUGAUCAUUUGGACAACAUAAAAGAAGCAUGUGACUGCAGUGCCAGUCAUUCAUUUGGGUGGAAACAUUUAAAAGAUUUGGUGCUGCAAUUGUAGAUGCAAGAAUUCCUAUGUCCUCAUCCAAGGUUCCCGCUAGAUCUUGCAAGGCCUUUGUCAAUUGGACAACAGCUUAUACCUUUCCACUCAAGAACAAGAGAGACUCAAGGUACAACUGUGCUAAUAGCUAGUCAUUCCAGGUAUCAGGCUCAGCGUUGAAUUUUUUUUAGUAAAAUAACAUAUCCUAAGUACUGUCGUGGUUGUUAACUAACUUAAUUAUUUUUACAUGUCUACUUCAAGAUAAAUAGUCACAAUCCAAAAAUUUGCAGUUUGAAUGAUCAAUAAACAGGUUUUGUUAUUGUGGCAUUCCAGCUUAUGUUGUAACAUGUAGGAAGCAGUGGUUUCCAAGCAAAAAUGUAUGGAUGGUGAUGUGGUAGAAAUUGUUCUCUCAAGGAGUGAUGAUCAUUCUUCUAGAAAGCAAUAUGCGACGGAGUAAAUGAACAGACUUCAUCUUGUUGGAAAAAGAACCACAUGGCUCCCUGUUGUUUUUGUGAGAAUGUCAAAGGGAAGAAAUUAUUUGUCACUGACCAGGCAGGUUUCGCAAAUGAAGAUGGUUACCGAUUACAGUUAUUUUGCUCAUUAAAUUGCAUUAGCCUUGAUGGAGACUUCUCAAACACCAAAUAGAAAAACUGAAAGUGUUAUGUCCUGUAGUGCUCGGAAUGCAGAAAUGAAGGCGAUGAUUUGGCUAUAUCUGAGAUUUGUGAAGACCAAUGAAGGUGGUAAAUCAAUAGUAAAUGUUACACAAGAAAGUUCUUCAAGGUGGUUCAUUCCAUUUCAUAGAGGUACUGUGCGACAAGUCUCUUCUUCUAAGGUUAGAUAAGCAUAUUUCAGCAUAGCCAUUGAAAUGAAGUUGACAGUUAAGUCUAACAAAUUCAAGGAAGAAGGAAACUACUUACCAACAAUUAUAGAAUAGUGACAUUCUUUUGCUGCUUCCUUCUGAAAAAGGUUAUCCUUUACUGAUCCAUUUUUGUCCCAAAUAUCUUAUGUAAGGAGUAUAUUCGCAUCUUAUGUAGUGACCUUUUACCUCGGCCAAUGGUAAUAAGCAUUAUCUUUUUGGAUUAA